CAACUGUCGAAUCUAACCAUAAUAAUAGUCAAGAUGGCGGAAAUUGCGAUGUUUGUGGUUCAGACCAAGUCUAAAUACAGGUUAACAUGUCGUUCGUUGGAAUAUCUGCUGUGCCUAAUCCUCUGCCAUUUACUAUUCCUCGUCUUGGUCGCCUCCAAUAGUUCGUUAUCGACAUGUAGUCGCAAGCGCAACGACUCCAAUUGCUACCAGGGCGAGUGUCGGAACGGAACCUGUCAGUGUUACAUCGGCUGGACUGGCAAUUACUGUGACCAUUGUUUGGGGAGACAGAAUCUCAUAUCCAUGACAGGUUACGUUACUGAUGGUCCUGCAAAUUAUUCUGAAAAUUGUAAAUGUAGCUGGUUGAUAAACCCCAACACGACAAACAGCAGCCGUCCAAUUCACAUACAAAUGCUGCAUUUCAUCACAGAAUGUGGAUGGGACCACCUCUAUAUUUAUGAUGGGGAUUCUGCUUUCUCCACACUCCUUGCAGCCUACAGUGGGGUCAUCAUUGAAGAUAACAAAGAAGAGUCCAACAUAGAAAUUACAGCCAAAUCAGGGUCAGCAUAUCUGAUGUUUUUCAGUGAUUUAGCAUUUAACAUGUCUGGAUUCAACAUAAGCUACAGAGUUGGUGGCUGUCCAUUAAAGUGUUCAGGUCAUGGCCUUUGUGAAAAUUAUGUGUGCCGGUGUCAGAAGGGUUAUGUGGGCGAUGGCUGUGAGAUUGAACUCUGUCCAAAUAAUUGCUCCAACCACGGAAAUUGCUGGAACGAUCAGUGUGAAUGUGAUACAGGAUAUAUUGGUAAUGAUUGUAGUCGGAAAGAUGGCAAUGAUCUGUGGACACGAUUACCACCAGAAAAGCAGAUAAGUGGCCGAGCAUCUCAUCAAGUGGCUAAGGUCAAUGACACAGUAUGGGUUGUGGGAGGUUACAGUUUUGAAGAAGAUACCAUGCUGAUGUCUGUCUUCAAUUUAACAGAGGAAAAAUGGACAAUGUUUUAUCCACCUGCAAGCACUCCUGACUCAAGAAAUCCCACUCCGAGUUCACGUCAUGGACACUCACUUGUACUUCAUGAGAACCAGCUGUACAUGUAUGGAGGUGUGGUUGGCAACAACAUCUCCAAUGAAUUCUGGAUGUUUGACCUGGGACAGGAAGUUUGGACUCUACUGAAAAAUUCAACAUGGGAGAGCUACCAGCUGGCUGUGUCUGGCCACACAGCUCAUGUUGUUGAUGAUGUGAUGCAUGUUUUCUUCGGUCACAGUCCCAUUUAUGGCUAUCUGCAUUGCAUUCAGGAAUUCUACUUUGGCAACAAAAGCUGGUUUAUACCAGAAACGUCUGGAGCAAUAGUGAAGAAUACUUGUUGGCACUCGAGUGUUUAUGAUAAGAAUAGGCAGUUGAUCUACGUCUACGGCGGCUACCAUUCUGUUAGUUCGGCAACUAAUCACAUCACAGAUAAACUUUAUUCAUAUAAACCCAAAACACGAUAUUGGCAAGUGUUACGGAGCAGUGAUUCACCCCGCUUCCUCCACUCGGCCAUUCUUACAACUGAAGGUUUCAUGCUGACAUUUGGCGGCAACACCCACAAUGAGGCUUCUGUGAAUUCCGGUGCCAAAUGCUAUUCUUUAGACUUUAUGGCCUAUGAUGUUGAAUGUGAUCAUUGGUAUUGCUUAGAGAAACCUCACCUACAGAAAGAUGUGUCCAGAUUUGGCCAUGCUGCUGUUUCCCACAACAAUGUGAUGUAUAUCUUCGAUGGUUUCAAUGGGAGGAUGCUACGUGAUAUCAUAAAAUACACCACUGGAAAUUGCUCAGCAUUCACAAAUGCAACUGCAUGCAAACAAAGCCAACCUGGAAUACCAUGUUUUUGGUCAGGAGAUUCCUGUGUUCCCAGAAGUCAACUGGCCAAUAAAAAGGACUAUGUGUGUCCUCCAAACAAUGAUAUCAUCAUGUGUUCCAAGAUCAAGAACUGCAGGAGUUGUCUGUCCAAUUAUGAGAAAUGUUCCUGGUGCAAAAAGAGGUGUAUGUCUUCUUCAGAUUGUUUGGAUAGCCACACUGACUUGGUGGACACAGACGUGCCACAAUCCCGAAUUCAAACCAUUUUCCAACUGGGUAAUGGUUUCAUAGUGCAGCACAUACAACACCAGGCUGUAAAGACAAAGGAUAUCAAAGAUUGCCCUGUGGAUGUAGAAUGUUCUUUCCUCCACAGUUGUGCUCUUUGUCAACUUGAGCCAAAUUGUUUUUGGAUUGAGAAUAACAAAUCUUGUGUAUAUAAAGAGAAAAACAAUGCAAAGGCAGUUACUCAGAAAUGCAAAGUCCCCUGUCCAUCUCAUACAACUUGUGAAAACUGCACAAAAGAUGAAUGCAUGUGGUGCAGCAGUGCACAGCGUUGCGUUGAUAUGAACUCUUAUGUAGUGUCUUUCCUCUACGGUCAAUGUACCAAAUGGAAUACAGACAAAAACCUCUGUACAAAAAACCGUUGUUCAGACAUCAGAACUUGCAAGGAAUGUCAGAUGAAUCCAAUUUGUGGUUGGUGCCAUGAUGUGAGUAACACAGGCCUUGGUCAUUGUAUGGAAGGUGGUAUGUCUGGUCCGGCUAAACUUCCCUGGAAUUCUCAUACGUUGUCCACCUGUCCACUUUCCAGGUGGUAUUUUGUACAGUGUCCACUAUGCCAGUGCAAUGGCCAUAGCAUCUGUAAUGAGAGUACAAACAUUUGUAUAGAAUGUCAAAAUAAUACCACAGGUGAGACAUGUGAUCGAUGCCAGAAAGGAUUUUUUGGAGCUCCUGAAAAUGGUGGCCUGUGUAAACUAUUCACGGUUUCUAUUUUAACCUCUAGGUGCGACACAUCAGAAAAAUAUAUUGGGAACCCAAAUGAUGGUGGAACUUGCUAUUAUCAGUUAUUAACAGAUUACCAGUUUACCUUCAACCUGUCUAAACCAAAUGAUCACUAUUACACUCAAAUCAACUUCAUGAAUCGUCCUUCUGCCGGUGACCGUGAUGUUGACUUCUCAGUAAAUUGUUCUCGAUUUGCAAAUCUCAAUAUAUCGUAUAACUCAACUUCCGAACCAGCUGGUAAAAUAUUAGACUCCGGUGCUCGGUGCUAUAAUUACAAAAUGAAAUUUUCCCACAAACAAUACACAUUCGGAGAAACUGAUAACACCACCUUUUAUGUAUAUGUAUAUGGCUUCAAAACACCAUUUUCUUUGCAGAUAACGUUCACACAACAGAGAAAUAUCGACCUGGUGAAUUUUUUUGUCACCUUCUUUAGUUGUUUCCUAUCAUUGCUACUGAUUGCAGCAAUAUUCUGGAAAAUCAAACAAAAGUAUGAUGUCUACAGGAGACGACAGCGUAUGUUUGCCGAGCUGGAGCAGAUGGCCAGUCGCCCAUUUGCUGUGGUCUCCAUUGAUAUUGAAAGACGAGUGGAUGGCUGUGUUGCCGAGAAAAAGGAAAAACAGGAUUAUCGAAAGAAGAAAAAGGUGAGCAAUAAACCAAGCCCAAUUGCAUUAGAACCAUUAAAUGGUCAAAAGGCAGCAGUACUGUCGCUCCUUGUCCAACUCCCCUGUGGUGAUGAGGACUAUACUCCGAGUAAUCAAUCAGGACUGGCUAUUGCCAGUGCCCUCGUAUCUCUAGGUAAUCCACGAAAACAAAGCUGUGAACCCAACAAAAGUGACAAAAACAAACACCGAAGACAUAUACACCAAUCACAUCCCGAUGCAUGUAUAUAGCAACGCUUAGUGUACAUAUAUACACCCACACACAUGCACUCACAUGUACAGACUUACACACAUAGGCAGACACAUACACACACACGCACGCACACUUACACGUGCAUGUCUACACACGUGUGUGUGUAGACAUGUAUGCAUGUGUAUGUGUAGUUGAGUGUUUGGGUGUGUGUAUGCAAUAUUAAUAAUGAUAAUAAUUAAUAAUUAAUACUAAUAAUAAUUAUAAUAAUAAUAAAUUCAACAAAUUUGUAAAUAGUGAUAUAAAGAAAAAAAAAAAAGAAAAUUUGCAACAAAAAUUCAAUGUAAAAAAAAAAAACCCCGCAAGACGUAACAAAAAACGUAAAAUUCACCACACUUGACGAUGAUGAGUGAUGAUAAUAAUAAUAAUAAUAAUAAUUGUUUGAUAUGUAAAAAAAAAAUAUAUAAAAUAUUGCAAAAAAUACAACAACAAUAAAAAAAACAUUUUUCUUUUAAAAAAAAUACUAAUUUGUGAAGAAAAAAAGGCAGAAAAAAAAGAAAAGAAAAAUAAACAUUAAACCAAACAAAACAGAAAAAGAACAGUGUUACACCAGCAGCAGCAGCAGCAGCAGUAGAGGGGGUAUGAAGAUGAGAGAAGGAUGACGAUGGUGGUGGAGGGGGGGGGCAGAAGGAGGGUGAUAUUUCCUGUGCGUUUUUUGUUGUUUUUUUUUGCUUUUUGUUAUUUCCUUCUUCCUUUCUUUUUUUUUCUCUCUCUCUGGUGUCCACGGAAAUGUGAAGAAAACGAAUGUGAGUGAGACGAAAGCUGUAAGACGGAAAUUUAAAACUAGUUUAAACCUUGCUGUUUCUUUACAUUUCACAUUCUGGAAGCUUCUAAUUAUUAUUAUUAUUAUCAUCAUUAUUAUUAUCAUCAUCAUCAUCAUUAUUGUUGUUGUUGUUGUUGUCGUUUUAAGGUAGCGAGCUGGCAGGAUUGUUCGCACGCUGGGCAAAAAUGCUUGGCGGCAUUUCGUCCGUCUUCACAUUUUGAGUUCAAAACUCCGCCGAGGCCGACUUUGCCUUUCAUCUUUCCAGAGUUGAUAAAACAAGUACCAGUUGAACACUGGGGUUGAUGUAAUCAACUUAACCCCUACCACCGAACUUGCUGGCUUUGGGCCAAAAUUUGGAACCAUUAUUAUCAUUUUUAUUAUUAUUAAAACGAUGGUGGUUGGCAGAGGAAAUAAAGGAUUAUUCGGUAAUGACAAAGAAUUGGUUCAGCAUUGGACCCUGGGUGGAGUAUUGGUUAAUGCUGAAGAAUUUAGGGAUUUAGGAAUGGAGAAGUAUUUAAUAGCAUUCUUUUACAUUUAAAGUGCAAAUCGUACUCAGGUCGACUUUGCCUUUCAUCCUUCCGUCCGUGGGAUCGGUCGAUAAAGAAAGCACCAGUCAUAUUCUGGGGGCAGGAGUAAUUUGACUAUUUCCCUGCCCCCACCAAUUUUGUGGCCGCAUACCUAUGAUAUGGUGGGAGAAAUGGUCGUAAUGGGUGAGUUAGUGGCAGAAUUGUGACUCUGGUGAUCUGGUGGCUGUUAUGCUUGACUUACGAUGGGAACAAUGGAGUGUUGGCACUUAUGGUGGAGCACCAGACUAAAUAGCUUUCCGGAUUUAGUUGCAUCCCUGCAUAUCCCGAAUUCAAAUCAUAUCAAGGUGGAUGAAAUAAGUACCAGGUAUAUACUGGUACAAAACAACUCACUGAAAAGACUAUAGUCCCACAUGAAAAUAACGUCAGCAUCACCAUUAACAAUUUUGGAAUUUGUAUUUUAUACGACUUUAGUUGGUUGACCAUUUUCUCUUUAUACAUUCAUACAUAAACAACACACUCACACAUAUAUAUACAUAUGAACAUACACAUAUAUAUAUGUAUAUACACAUAUUCUGCCAGGGAAGAGGAGAAGGCAGAGACGAACUUUCAUCAGGUGACCUGUGUUGUCUUGGUGUAUUUUGUCACAUCUCUGUUACAUUGUGAGCUUGAAUUCUGCCGGGGUGGGGGUGGGGGGUGGGGGUAAGGGAGCUGGCUUUAGAAUAAAAUAUCGUAUUGGGGGGCUGUUGAUGCUAUUGUCACCAUCCUUCCUCCACAUCAUUCGUGGACCUUGGUCCUUGUGGUUUUAGCUAAGAAAUUAUCAUUUUUUUUUUAUUACAGCCACCUCCUCACCACCCGCUGCAGUAGUCAUCAUCAUUGUCAUUGGAUAAAAGCUUCUUAUACUUCCCCGCUUGCACCCUCACAUGGUGCUGUGUGGUGGUGCCUUAAUUGUAGUAUUGUAGAGUGUGUAGUGGUGGAGUGUUUGGUAAGGAGAGGACAUAGUCUGUAUUAAAAGUGAAUUCAUUC